GCACAUUUUUCAGAAUGGCGGUUGUUCAAUCGGUCUCUCAGCUUUUAGAUUUAUUAAAAGCUGAGACCGUAUCGGACGAUUUGACGGAAAAAAUAACAACGUAUAUUGAUUCUAAAGAUAAUGCAAUCGAUGAGUUCAAGACAAAAUACGAGAGACUCCGUGUCGAUGCAGAACAAAAAUAUUUUGAUAUUGAACAACAGCUUAUCAGCAGCAACGAUAAACUAGAAACCGAGUCAACAUCUAAUGAAGAGCACAAACGCAGAUUAGAAGAGUUGGAAAAGAAAUACAAUGAAGCAGAAUCUAAAAGAAAAAGUUUACAGGAAUCCCAAGACAACUCGUUAUCUACAAAUCUUCGUCUCAGCAAGUCCAAUGAACAGCUGGAGCUGGACAAGAGGGAUUUAAGUGUCUUACUGGAGAAGAGAAACAAAGAAAUUGAUAGAAUUAAUGAGGAAUGGAAGGAACUAACAGAAAAAGUGUCCAGAGCCAACACAGAGAAAUGUGAAGCUCAGGCAAAACUCGCAGAGGUUCAGAACCAGAGUGUGACAUUGGAGUUUCAGAAUAAGCGACUGGAGCAGGAAAAGAAUCAGAUACAGAAGCAGUUGGAUCUGUUGGACAAACAACUCUCGGAGAAAACUAAUGAGCUCCUUAAUGUCAAAAAGGAACAAACAGCCAGCCUUUUGGAAACUCAGAGCAAGUUGGAAGAAAAAGUAGGCGAGAACGGCUUCCUCCAGGAAACAAUUGAGGCCCUUAAGACAUCUCAGGGAGAACAAGCUUCAAAGAUUGAUGGGCUUAUACAGAAACUUAAGGAUGCAAGAAAUGGGAUGGCUCAAUCAGAGGACCAGUUUAACCAGGAGCUGCAGGCAAAAGGUCGCCUUAUUGACCUGUACAAGACAUCUAAGGAUGAAGCGGAAAACAAAGUGAAGGAGUUGACAAGUGCUGUGGAAGAAUUAAGAGUGCUGUUGAAGGAAGCCGCCAAUGCUCAUACUGAACUUGAAAACUUGAAGGAGGAGGAAGCAAAACACUUCAAAGUAGACAUAGAAAGCCGAGAGGAGACAAUCGAGAAGCUAAGACAGGAACUGGUCAAUGCUAAUGAUCUUCUUGAACAGACUAAGAAUAGAAUUGCCAGUGAAGAACAGGUAGAGAGUAUGUUCCCUACAGCUGCUGUUACAAGUAAAGUUUUGAAAUCUGGAAUGUCUCUCACUCAGAUCUACAAUGAAUAUGUUCAGGCCUCUGAUGCUUUAAUGCUUGAGAAGGAAGAAAAUCAGCGCCUCAACCAGUACCUAACACAAAUUCUUCAGGAAAUAGAGGAGAAAGCACCUCUACUGAAGAAACAAAGACAAGACUAUGAAAGUUCUCUGGCAAACAUCGAACAGCUGACCAGGCAACUAGACUCUUCAAUGCUGGAAUCUCAAAAUCUAAGAAUUGAAGCAGAUGACAUCAAUAGAAAGUAUAAUCACAUGCAGCGAGAGAACCAGAAGCUCCAACUUCAGACAAAUGAUCUGUCGAAACAGCUGCGUUACAUCCUGAAGGAGAUGGCUGAGUUACGGGGAGGACGCGUUGUUAGGGACGUAGAACAGUCAUCCACAGAGGUCAGCAGUUCCUCCCAGGUUAUCAGUGAUAAACUUGUCACCUUUAGGACCAUAGAGGAUCUUCAGGUUCAGAAUAUACGCUUGUUGACAGUGAUACGUGAACUCAGUGACAAACAGGAACAAGAGGAGAAGAUGGCUACAGACUCAAAAACAAAAGAGCUGAAAGAACAACUGGAGAUUGCCAACUCAGAGAUUCAAGAGUUGAAAUCAAGUCGGGAUAAACAAGUUAAAAUGGUGGAAAGUAUUGUACGACAGCGAGAUUUGUUUAAAGUGCUGAGCCAGUCAGGAAUGACAGUGUCGCCAUCUUCAAUGACUGAUGGAGAUGAGAUGAGUAUGAUAACUCCUGUUAAGAAGUCUCCUGUCGGGGUAAAACAGAGCCCGUCGUCGGAUAAGGCCUUACAGGACAUGAAAACUGCCCUGAAUCAACUACAGGAGGACUUCAACAACUACAAGAAAGAGAAGAAAGUAAAUGAAAAGAUCAUGGAUGAAGAAUUAGAGAAAUACAGAAAUGGUUUGUCUUCCAUGACUGUCCAGAAUGCAAAGAUGUCCUCUCAGGUGGACUAUUCUGCAGAGAAGUACAAAGUGUUACAAAGUAAUGCGGAAGGCUACAGGAAGGAGAUAGCAGCACUGCGAGACAAAGUACAGAAGUAUUCGGCUAGUGUCGCCAAACACGAACAAACCAUCAAUAUUCUCAGACAGGAUCUGAUGUCAUCCAAGGAGAACUUCGCCCGCUCAGAUACCCAGGCACAAAAUCUACGCAUAGAAAAGGAGUUGUUGAAGCAGUCUGAGCAACGUCUUCUGCAAGAUAUUGAGUCAAUGAGGCGAGAGAGACAUUCCCAGGCCAUGCUGAUGGCUAACCUAGAAGCUAUCAAGAAUAAUAUAGAGCGUUCAGAAUCGGAGACGAGGAACAGAUACACCAAUAAGAUUGAAGCUCUGGAGAUGGAGAACAGUAACCUGACAAGGAAACUCCACUCAGCUCAGGAUGAGCAGAAGACCAUAACAACCAUCUUUGAGAGUCAAAUAAAAGAAAUCCGCAGUCAGUUGGAACAGGAGCUGUCGAAUCAUGAGGUAGACAAGAAACACAUCCGAGCUGUACAACAGGAACUGGAGGGUGUGAAGGGCCAGUUGGGAGCGGCCGAGGCAAAGUUAGCAUCAGCAGAGAUGAGACUUGCCAAUACUUCAGCCAAUGUCACAGACUCCGCUGGUAUGAACACUGAGAUCAUGAGUGAAGAGUUGAAGGACCUACAGUCUCAACUAGAACAGUCUCAACAAGCUGUCAGCAUGCUUCGAGAUCAACUCAACAAAUCCCAGGAUCAUGUGGCUAAUUACAAGGCCAUAGCUGAUGGCCUCCAGAAAACCAUGGAUGAACAGUCAAUGGCAAACAAGCAGUUUGAGCAGAAAUUUGAAGAAAUGUUAGAAGCUAAAAAACAUGCUGAGAAAAGGACAGAGGAUUUGGAGAAUGAGCACCAAGCUUUACUGAACGAGAACAUCCGUGUAUCAGAGGAGAGUCACAAGCUGAAUGCUGAUCUGAGGAAGCAGCUGGCUUGUCUACAGAAUGAGCUGCAGGAAGCUGUACAGCGACGAGAGGAUGCCAUCGCCAAGGAGGCAAAGGCCAUCCAGGAAAAUCGCUCUCAAACAAACCUGGCUUCAGAGGUCCAAGAUAAGUACCAGAGAGAACUGAUACUACACGCAGCUGAUGUUGAGGCCCUGACAACCAUCAAGAAACAGAUGGAAGAAUUUAACGAAAAGUUUGCUACUGAGCAGGAAUGUCGUGUAAAAGCAGAGAAAGUACUAGAGGAAUCCAAGGGGUCUUGGCUUGAGCAGGAGAAAACUAUCAGAACAGAGAAUUCUCGUCUGCAGAAGAGGAUCCAAGAUUUUUCACAACAGAAUAACCUUUUACAUCAACAAAUAGAGAAGAUGAGUCGUGAUGUAGUGGCUGUCCAACAGUCUGUAUCCCGUAAUGAGUCCUUCUCGUCUAAUUCUGAGGACACUGCCAAGUCGUCAGAACAACUGCUGGAAGUGGUUAAAUUCUUACGUCGUGAGAAGGAGAUUGCGGAAACAAAACUAGAGAUUGUACAGUCAGAAUCUAAGACUGUCCGUCAGCAGCUUGAGCGUGUACAGCGGUCCCUGGAGGAAGCUAACGAUGCUGUGCGUGAGGAGAGAGAACAUUCUCAGACAAACCUACAGACAGCAGCCCAACAUGCGGAGUUGAUGAGGAAGGUGGAGAACCUGAACUUACUUACAGACAGUAACCGUCUACUGCGGGAUGAGAAAACUAAACUCGAGCAGCAGGUCCAGACCUUGGAGGCUAAGAUGGUGACUCUGGAGCAGAGCAUUGAUCCUUUACAAUCCAGUGUGAGAGACUCACAGUCCCACCGAGAUGCUAUUGGGGCCGAAAGAGAUGCUCUAAAGAAUGAAGUGGAAAGAUGGAAGUCUCGUACAAAUCACCUUAUAGAACAGGCCAACAGGACAGAUCCCGAGGAACACAGGAAACUCAUCCAGGAGAAGGAAUCUAGCAGGAAGGAUGUAAUAAGGUUGACAGAGGAGAAUCAUAGAACAAGGGCUGAAGUCUCUAGACUUACCAACAGUCUGACAUUGUCUCAGAGAGAAUCCAGUGCCAGCAAGCAAGAAAUAGAGAAACUACAGAGAGAACUAAACGCAAGCAAGCAGGAAAUUGAAAAAGUACAGAAGGAAGUGGAAAACAAAGUAGCAGAAUCUGAAGCAAAGGAAAAUGAAAAUGAGGAGAAAACAAAGACUAUCAACCAGCUGAAGAAGAUUGGCCGUAAGUACAAGGAACAAGCUGAGGCAGUGCGGAAGGAGCUGGAUGACUUCCAGGCCCAACAGGCUGCCCAGAGUAAGGAACCCGCUCCACCCAGCACAGAAGUCAUUGAACAGGCAGUGGCUCCAGUCCAGGAGAAGCUCAACGCCACAGAGAAGGAGAGAGACGAGCUGAAACAGAGACUGGAGCAGACGACGACAGAGUCCAACGCUACAAAGGAGCAAUCUACAAAACUUCAACAGGAGCUGACACAGAGUAAAGAAGAAAACACAAAGUUCAAGGACGAGAAUACAGAGUACGAAAAAAAACUCAACCAAUCACGAAAUGUUUUACAAGCUGCAAAGAAAAAGAUUGGAUCUCAGAAUGAACAGAUUGAAAAGAUAACAGCUGAAGUGAAUGAUCUAAAACAGAAACUGUCAACGUCUGAAAAACAGAAAAUGUCAGUGUCGGAAAAGAUGAAAGGUGAUGUGGAACAGAGAGUGAUGGCAGUACGGUCAGAGUUAGAAGAGAGACUUUCCAAAAUGGAGAAAGAACUGACAGAAACAAGAGUUAUGAAAGAGUCUGCUGUGACCAAUGUAACAGAGCUACAAACUGCCAUACAGAGGGCUCAGGAAGAAAACGCUGAACUGCAGACCAAAAUACAACAGCUGCAAAAACAGAUUGAGUCUCAGCAGACAAAGUCUGUACCACCACAGCCACAGGUAGCUAGACCCUCCGCGACAGUCACAGUGGAGCGUGUCAGUGCGCCUACCUCUGAAGCUCCAAAGACGGCUAACAUUCGACCAAUGGCAUCCCCUGUACCUGUGACGCCGCGCACCCAGCCUGCUCAAAUACAGCCGCAGUCAGCUGCCACCAAAGCUACUGCCAGUAUAAGACCGAUGGCCAUUGCCCCAACAACUGGGGCACCAAGUAGUGGCCCUACACCUACAGCCACUGUCAUGCCAACCACAGUAUCUGUACAGGACAAUCAAGAGAUUUCCCAAGUGUCCCAGCUGUCUCCUGCCCUGGCCCGCCCCACCCAGCAUGUUCAGAGGGUCACUCCCCAGGUGGAAUCUGGCACAGAACAAGCUGCUGUUGUCACGGAAACAGAGGUAGUGAUUAGUCACACAGAAACUGUAGCCGUGGAUCCACAACCUUCAACAUCAGCAGUAUGUGACACACAAUCAUCCAGUACUCCACUGAAACGAUCACGUGAUGAUAUGGAAGGACAUGAAGAGGAAACAGAUGCUAAAAGAACUAGGGUAUCACCUGACCAGCAAGUACUACCAUCUAUCACCAUCACAGACGAGCAUGCUAACACAAUGUCCAUCCCUGACCAGGGGGGUGUGGCUACCCAGGAUCCAGAGGUCACAGGGUCAGAGGUUCCAUCAGACACUCUACCUACACAGAUAUUUGAAUCCUCCCUGGACCAGGCAUAUGAUAGCCAGGCCACUGUGUGUUUUGACACUCAGGAUUAUCAGCAAGGUCAGCCAGAAAUGACACAGGAAAUGAUAGAGGACAAGAAUGAGAUGGAGGAUGAUGAUGACGAUGAUGAUGCUGUUAUUGUUGUGGAAAGUGAUGAAGAAGAUGAUGAGGAAGCUGAAGAUUAUGACGAUGAUGAUGACAAUGAUGGAUACAAUGAAGAUAUGGGUGAUUACGAUGAAGAUGAGGAGGAUGACGAUGAUGAGCCAAUACAAGAUGAUGAUUACCAAGAGCUACAGGAGGGACAAGAUGAAGCUGGGGAAGAAGAUUACCAAUCAGAGACACAGCCAGGAGAUAUGCACGGCCCAGGGGACGAGGGAGAUGAUGAAGUUGUCAUAGUAGAUGAUGAGGAUAAUGACAACCAGAUGGAGCCACAGGAGCCGGAGGUGCCACCUGUACCACAAGUGGUCACACCAUCGGUACAGACACCUGUGACCCAGCGAUCACAGCUCCCUUUCCAUGGCAUAGAGCGUCAGGUGUCUUGUACCCGCACACAGCUAGCGCCAUUCGUACUUGCGAGUCAUACUGGAGGGUUUGAGGAUGGUGAGGACUGUAUUGUACCAAGCACGCCCACACUGUUUGUACCCAACAGAGGGGAUGGAGGAUUCGCUGAGGCUGUCAGCUCACCCCAGAUCCCUAACCAACGCUUCACAUUCACCAGUAACACAGAGGCCAUCGCUCACCAUGACCUUGGCCAGCUCGAGUCCCAGGAAGCCCUAGGAAUGGAUGACACUCAGGUGGAUUUGUCUCAGUUAGAGGAAGGACAAGGCCAUAGUGUACCUACGACUCCUAUCCAGCAAGCCCCUACAGCAACAACUUCUGGAGAAUCGGUUGAUCCAGUUCCAGCAGUCAGUGUUGUUGACGACACUCUUACUACAGACAGUGGCCCUGACAGCCUUACAACUGAUACAGCCGGAGAAAGCGGCCAGGAACUGUCGUCAUCAACAGGUAAAGUGGAGCCAUCUGAGACGAGUGGAGGACAGGAGAGUGAGUCAGCAGCAGCCGGGCCGUCGUCCGCCGGCAGUGACCCUCAAUCAUCUGCCCUCGACAAAUCUGAUCCAGGAAAGGCUAAGAAGAUCCAGCCAAUUGUCUGGGAGCAGACAGGCAUGCCAAUACAGACGACAGUCUCCCACACCCAGCCACCUCAGCAUAUGAGAGGGCGGGCUAGUAUACGAGGGGCAGGACAGACGAGGGGAUUGAUGCAACAUCCUCGAGGACACAGGGGCUACAACAGGCCACGUGCACCUACACCUCGUGGCACACGCAUUAUGAGGACUGGAAGGGGAGGUAACUACAGACCACCUAUGUACUGAGGAGUGAUGCAAAAGACGGAAUGCAAGAAGACAUCAUUUCCAUGGAUUUAUAUAAGAAUGUGUACACCAAAAACAACUUUCUGGUUUUUUUUCCAUUUGAUGCAAGGGCUUUGUAGAAGAGUGAAAGAUAGGAGGGAAAUGUUGAGUGAACAAUACGUUGAAAUGAAUUUCACAAUAUCAAGUUUCAAUAUCUCAUGAGAUGGAGGACAUACAUUUCUGUGUUGGUACAGUGAUUUUCACAAAAUUAUGGUUAAAUUUUGAAAACAAAUCAUCUGUAGUGCUGCAGUGAUCAUUUUUGGAAAAAUGAUAAGCUUACUAAUUUCUUAUCUCGAUUAUGAAUUGACCAAUAAUUAUCUGAUAUUACGUCACAAAUUUGUAGAUAACUUGUUUCAGCAUAUGUUACAACUAUCUGAAAUAGUUAUGUUUCAGUCUUAACAACUGUCAUUAUGUCAGACACUACAUACUUGUAUAAUGUUUUGAGGUAGUAUAUAAAAGGAAAAAUCUGUGUGACACCAUUUUGUGAUUUCAUAAUUAGGGUGCAAUCUGUUUGUUUACAUUUGAUGUUUAGUGAAAAGGAUGAGAUUUAUUAAGGGUGAAUGCAGUUGAAAAGAAAUUUCAACUAAGUUUAAGGAUGUGUACAAAUCAUGUUGUCAUUUUUCAUAAAAUCAUCAGAAAAUAAAAAUGUACUAAAUUA